UGACACGGUAUCCGGUUCGACUCAGUACGUUUUGACGGUGAACCCAUCAUAGGUAUAUAUCUCUCAUCAAUCUAUGUACGUACGUAUACAAUAAUACAGUUCAAUCGUUACUGAAUUGCAAGUCCAAAAAGCUCUGAUUUUGGGGAAUUCAGAAUGGAACGUUCUAUCUCUUCUCUUGCUUAUAAAGGUUCUAUUGUUGAAGCAAUUGCUGAGGCCAAGAGGCAGAAGAAAAUUUUUGUAGUUUACAUUUCAGGCGACAAUGCAGAGUCAACUCAUUUAGAGGAAUCAACGUGGUUGGAUUCAAAUGUUGCAGAGUCUAUUUCGAAGUAUUGCAUUUUAUUGCACAUCUCAGAGGGGAGUACUGAUGCGGCAAAUUUUUCUGCAAUAUAUCCCCAGAAAUCCAUCCCUUGCAUUACUGCUAUUGGAUACAAUGGUUUACAACUUUGGCAAAAUGAGGGCUUUGUCAGUGCUGAUAUUCUGGCAUCUAGCCUUGAGAAGGCAUGGUUGAGUCUUCAUAUCCAGGAAACAACCGCAACUUUCCUAACUGCGGCACUUGCUUCAAAGAAAUCUGAACCACAGGGUACUAACGGUUCUGAUACUGCCUCAGUUGAGCAAGGAAGUUCUUCAAGCGUGGAUGUUCCUUCACCUUCAACAGAUAAACAUGAUCCACAUUCUGAAGCUAGACCAGCAGCUAGCGCGGAGAUGGAAAAUAAAGAGUCUGAUCAGACUGAUGAGGAGAUAAAUUCCAAACUAGGUGAUGAGGCAUCUACUGGAUCAGUUUUGGCUAAUGCAUUGGAACAUGGUGAGGUUGGAAGGUCCAUCUCUUCAAUUGAAACAGCCAAAGAGUCAAUUAAUCCUGUGAAGGUAGAUCCAAAUGACGCUGGAGUUGGCCAUACGUCUUCUGUUGCUAGAGAUGUAUGUCCUGCACAAGAAGGAAAAUUAAAUGUGGUUGAUCAUCAUUCAGAAGUUACAACAGAAACUUCUCAAGUGAUUGCUAAUGCGGCAACUGAUGCAGUACAAGACAAAGAGGCUGAAGCUGUAGAGGAUGACAAAAUUAAAUCAGAAGUUACAACAGAAACUUGUCAAGUGAUUGCCAACAAGGCAACUGAAGCUGUCCAGGAUAAAAAGGCUGAUGAUGUAGAGGAAGACAAAAUUGAUGUUUUAGACUCUUGUUCAAGUAAAUCAACUGAUGUUCAUUUAAAUAUCCGAUUGCUUGAUGGUGCUAACCUACAAGAGAAGUUCCUUCUAACGAGCACUUUGAGAAUGGUAAAAGGCUAUGUGGAUGAGAACCAAGCAAGUUCCAUUGGCUCUUAUGAUCUUGCCAUUCCCUAUCCUCGCAAGGUAUUCAAUGAUCAAGAUUUGAACAAAACAUUGUCAGAGUUGGGUUUGUUUGGAAGACAAGCAUUGAUAGUGGUUCCACAUCAAGGAGCUACUAGUUUUUACCGAAGAGGAUCUUCAUCCCAUAACCAAACAAGUUCCACCACUGAUCUUGAUUCUUCAAACAGAAGCAAUGAAGGAUAUUGGGGAUUGAUGAAAAGGGUUUUAUCUUACGUGAAUCCUUUGUCCUAUCUUGCUGGUGGUAGUGCCAGCUCAUCAAAUUCUGCACAGGAGUCUCAAAGCAGCAUGUGGCAAUACAAUCCAAAUCCGGCACUGCAAAAUAACCUGAGAGGCACAGGGAGAUCAUACACUGUCCACUCAUCAGACCAAAACAUUCCUGCACCUGGCAAAAAUGACAGCAAGAAGAGUAAGCAAGCGACGUCAUCCCGUAUUGGAAGCAAUAUCCACACACUAAAGCAUGAUGAGGACGAUAGCCGGUUUAGUGACAAAAAUGCCUUCUGGAAUGGAAAUUCUACACAGUAUGGUGGCAAUAAUAAUGAUAGCAAGUAAGAUUGCAGUCAUAGUAGCCAGAACUUCAUAGGCUUCUUGCUUUUUUCUGAUUUAUGUCAUAACUAUGAUAACAAAGUAAAAUAUAUCUUCAAUAAAUUUGUUAAAUGUUUUGUGCUGGAUAAUAUAUUUACAGGUAUUUGUAAAUGUUGGCCUGGCAUGUGGUUUGUAAAUAUCGUAUUUUAUAAUUAUGUUGUUGGUCAACAUGAAUUGCAUAUAUCCUCAAGGGUCAUUUUCAGUAUAAAAUAUCAUUAUUUAUUGUGUU